AUGUUCCAACAGAUACUCGAGAACCUCACACUGGCAAUGAAUCCUGGAUACAGCAAGCUUUUGAUCCACGACCAUGUCAUUCCCGAAACAAAGGCCUACUGGGAAAGUACCAGCCUGGACCUUGUUAUGAUGGCCAACUUGGGAGGUAUUGAGCGCACAACUACUGAUUGGUACGCCAUUUUGGAAUCAGCAGGGCUGAAAAUUGUUAACAUAUGGACUGGUCGACGUGGUAUUGAGAGCUUUAUUGAAUGUAAACUCGCCUAA